AUGGCGGAGCUCCUGGUCCUUGUGGACUUGGACCGCAGCGGCGGCGUGGCGCUGGGGCUGGAUGUCGAGACCGGCCGCCAGUCUCAGGGCUGGGAUGGCAAGACGGUGCUCAUCAAGCGAGUCAAGCCCGAUGGGGCCGUGGCACAGUGGUGCCACGAACGGCCCGGGAGGGUCAUCGAGGCCGGCGACCGCAUCGUCUCGGCCAACGGCUGCCGCGGCGACGCUCUGCAGAUACUCGCAGAAUGCCAGAAGCUGGACAAGCUGAAGCUCGAGAUCCAACGCGCCCGCGUUGUGGCGCCCACAGCGACGCCCGCGCAGCCGACGCGGCCGCCAGCAGAGGUGGUGGAGGAGAUCGCCCUGAAGUUUUCGGAGGCACCCACUGCUGCCGAGGCGGUGGCACUGCUGCGGAAGGAGCUGAGCGGAGGCGCAAUCGCUCGCUGCUGGGACAUGCGAUGGGGCGCGCAGGCGCUGCUGCGCAUCGCCCAGAGGUCUACGUCUCGGACACGAAAAGCCUGGGCAAAGGACCCGGCAGUGUCGGAGCUGGUGGGCCGUCUGAGAGCCGACAUCAGUCGGGCGGAGGAUAUGGCGGAUGUGGAGGCUGCAUUGAUGGCUUUGGAAGGUCUCAAGCGACUUGGUGUAGCGCCAAGCGCUGCGGAGGUGGCGCUGAUGGCAAAGAAACUUCGCGAGCCACGGCAGAAAAUCCAAUCCGUCUUCUUCCCCCGGAAUGUAUGCAUGCAAAUCUAA